AUGGGUGACCACGCUACUACCAAUAACCCCACCACCGACCCCGCCUUCGAGAAGGGCAAGGGCAAGGCCACUGAUCCUACCAAUGAAAUGAGCAUGGAUGAGGAAGAUAGCUCAUCUGAAAGCGAGCCCGAAGUUGAACAAAACGAGGAGGACGAAGACAUGGACAACAACCUCGAGCCCAUUGACCAAAGCAACAUCAUCCAGGGCGGCCGACGCACGCGCGGCAAGGUUAUCGACUACGCCAAUGUUGCUGAGCAGAAUAAGGGCGAGAUGGAUGAUGAGGACGAGGAUGAUGAGGAGUACGAGGGUGCUGGUGACGAGGACCACGAGAUGCGCGGUUAA